AUGGUUAAUGUAUUAGAUAAAGAAGGAGAUAUUCAUUGUGUUACAGAACGAGGUGACGUCCGUGUACAAUUUUAUGUCUUCGAUGAAAAUAAUCAAGAUUUAUCAUCAUCAAUAGCACAACAAACUUGUUGGAUAGUUCAUCCAAGUGCAUUAACUAAAAUUCAUUCAUGUACUUUUGGUGAUCAAGUUAUGAUUUAUAGAGAUGAACAACAACAAUGUACUACUGAUGGUGAUCCAAUACUUCAUUAUGCUUGUUUGGGUAAUCAACCAAAUUGUGUUUCACUUUUAUUAUCAAAAGGAGCUGAUAAUAAUUUAAUUUAUUCAACAGCUUGUUUAUGUUUACAGAUUGCUAUUAAUAAACAAUUAUUAGAAUGCACGAAAAGAUUAUUAGAACAUCAACAAUCACUAAUGAAUGUUCAUUUAAAUGAUACUUACAGAAAUACUGCAUUACGUGAUAUUGUGUCUCGUAUUUCCGGUGUUCUUAACAAGCAAUGUUCAAUUAUGAUCCAUAUUCUAGUGUGGCAAUCAUUUGGUUGUAAUAAUUGUUCAUCACUCAAUCUUCUUUGUCGAAUAUCAUCAUUACUUGUAUCAGAUCCAUAA